ACAAAAAUUGAAAUGUCAAUCUCAAGAAAUCCAUGCUGACACUGAAGUUUGUUUCGUACUUAAAUUGAUCUUAUAUUAAAGCAUGUGGUUCCUUCUUUCCAGUGUGAGUGUCUCAUUUGAUUUUGCGAAGAAAAAAGGUGUCAUUGUUGGAAAUUGAAAUAAGAGAACACAGAUAGAAAUGGCGAUUUGCAGGGUGAAAUAUUUGCUUUCUCUUUCGAAAUGUUUUUCAUUACGCGCUUUCUCUUCGGCACAGGGUCCCCCUCCUCACUUGCAGAAUAUUGGAUUCAUUGGGCUUGGAAAUAUGGGGUCCCGAAUGGCAAAUAAUCUGAUCAAAGCUGGAUUCAGUCUUACAGUUCAUGACCUAAACUCUGAUGUUCUCGACCUGUUCUCUCAGAUGGGAAUCCCCACAAAGAAAACACCUUAUGAAGUUUCAGAAGCAAGUGAUGUUGUAAUCACAAUGUUACCUACUUCUGCCCACGUGAUUGAUGUUUACACUGGAAGAAAUGGUUUGCUUCAUGGUGGAAAACUCCUAAGGCCAUGGUUGUUCUUAGAUUCAUCCACUAUUGAUCCAGAAACAUCAAGAAAUCUUUCUGCCACAGUUUCUAAUUAUAUUCUAAAAGAAAAGAAAGGUGAUUGGGAAAGACCUUUCAAGUUAGAUGCUCCGGUAUCUGGAAGUGUAACUGCAGCUGAAGCUGGGACACUUACUUUUAUGGUUGGUGGUUCUGAAGAAGCAUUUCUUGCUGCAAAACCCUUACUCUUUUCAAUGGGUAAAAGUGCAAUACAUUGUGGUGGAGCAGGAAGUGGUUCCGCAGCAAAAAUCUGCAAUAAUUUGGCUUUGGCUGUGAGCAUGCUUGGAAUAUCAGAAGCUCUUGCUCUAGGCCAAUCUCUAGGUGUUUCUGCUAGCACGUUGACAAAUAUAUUUAAUUGCUCCAGUGCUCGUUGUUGGAGUAGUGAUGCUUACAACCCAGUUCCUGGGCUGAUGGAAGGGGUGCCUUCGUCAAGGGAUUAUAUAGGAGGAUUUGCAUCCAAGCUUAUGGCAAAGGAUUUGAACCUAGCAGUAGAAUCAGCAAAACUGGCUGGAUGCACAUUCCCACUAACAUCGCAAGCUCAAAAGAUAUAUACUGAGCUCUGCAGCAAUGGCUAUGAAGCCAAAGACUUUUCGUGUGCUUUUCGUCAUUACUACUCUGGCCUAGAUGAGCCCCGCGAUCAGUAAAUUAAUUCGUUGGUUGUGUACUUGUAUUACAUAAAACUGUAAACAUUUGGAUUCGAUUAAGUUGUAGAAUCA